AGUCCUCGCUGAGUCCACUGGCAAAGCAGAAGCUCUUGUCACUCGCUGCCCAGCCCGCUCCCCUCACCCAACCGCACCAGAUACUUCGUUCCCCUUCCCGUCCGUUGCCGUUGCCGAGACCCUCCCCGCGCCGGCAGAUCCAUCCAUCAAGGAAGCGAGAGGAAGGAGCAGGAGGGUGAGCCAUGAGCGCCGUGGCGGUCUCCUCCUCGUCGCUGAACCCGGACGCGCCGCUCUUCAUCCCGGCGGCGCUGCUGCAGGUGGAGGACUUCUCGCCGCAGUGGUGGGACCUCGUCACCACCACCGCCUGGUUCCGCGACCACUGGUCCCGGGAGCACACCCAGCUCGACGAGAUGGCCGAGGAGCUCGACGCGGCCGGCCUCCUGCCCGACGCCCUGGACGACGACGAGGACCUCUUCUACGGCGACCUGCCGGAGCACGCCCCCGCCGCCGUCGAGGCCCCGCAGCAGCCCGCGCCCGCCGCCAACCUCAAGACCGACGAGGUGCUCAAGGCGCUGAACCUGACCUCCCCGAAGGGCGGCGACGCGCCGCGCGGGUUCCGGGAGAAGCCCAGGAACGCCGAGAAGCCGACCAAGUACGCCGGCAGCCCAAAGGGCAGCAGCGCCCCCCGUGUGAUCCACCAGCCCCGCUAGGCUCGUCAUCCUGACGAGUAACCGAGCAAGGCUGUUGUGCCCUCUUGCAGCGUUUGCUCCUGCUCCUGGCUGCUGCCGUUGUGGUCUGGGUCUUUCAAGUUCAAGUCUAGUAACUGGAAGUAGUAGAAGUAGAAGAAGUGUCCUUUUGUAUAGCAAGCAAGUAAAAAAUGACCCAAAAAGAGAACAAAAAUGCAGCUGCUGUUUACUGCUGCUGCUCUCUAAGUUGUGUUCAGUUCAGUCUUCAGUGUGUCUAGAGAACCCCUAAAGAAAUGGAAGAGGGUGAAGGUGGAGUUCCUGUCCCAUACUCUCCAGUAUAGGAUGCACUCCUGUAAAUGUUUGAUGUGCAAUGGCAGGCAGUCUGAUGUUACAAGUAGUCCCUUUUGCUGUU